AUGGGGGAGAUCACAGACAUGAGACGCAUUGAAGACGAUUGGGACGAUGUGGAACCCGAUAUGCCAGUGGACAAGAAGGACGUUCAUGUGAGUAUGCCAAAGUCGGCGACGAACUACACGUCUGUGGAGAAAACUCGAUCUGACCGGUCGAUGGCCAGCUUUUGGGAACGGGCUCGCCAGGAUAGUGCACCAGCAAGCCCUACAGCCAGCGUGCCGACGCCGAAGCAGCAGAGUCCAACGAGUCCAACGAGGGAAGCUGCUGAGGCCAUCACCGUCACAAUCUGGCAAAAUUGGAAGGCGGUGCAAGGCUGGGCUUCCUCCACAAGCUCUGCAAGCGUGCCGAGGGACCAGGAUAACUCAUCUUCGGGCGGGCCCGGCAGUGGACCCAGGAGCAUGGCGAACAGCGAGGAACAAAGUGUCAGUGAAGGAAGCCAGGUGGGACGCGAGAAGAUCUUUACCGGGGACUUCCUGGGCGUAGAUACGGAACUUCUGCGGAGUAUAUCGCUUCAGAGCUCCCUGCGUUACGCUGGUCGCAUGUGGCGCAGCUCUCCGAUGAAAAUGGAGGAGCAUCAGCUGCGACAGCUGCACGCACAUAGUCGAAGCGCCGAAGGCUACGAAGUCUUUUUCUCUCAUACCUGGACUACGCCGGGCCGUUGGAAGUUCUUGUCGCUGCUGUUGGAUUCCUGUUGGCGCUCCACGCUUCUGUCGUGGGCUUUUGCGACCACUGUCGGAGCGAUGCUGUGCUACUAUGAAAUCCUUCCAAUGCCCUUCCAGCAUACGACGACGAGAUUUGGGCAAGACUACACGUGUCCCUAUGGGCUUUGGCUGCUGGCCGGCGGCUGUUUGGGCCCCCUCUUCGGGGCGCUACUGUCACCCCACCUGCCGCAGUGCUGUCAUCCCAGUGCGGUCCAGCAUGCCUUUCUCGACGGCGUCUGCAUCAACCAGGCCGACAACGAGCUGAAAGAGCGGGGAAUCUACGGCAUCGGCGGUUUUUUGAGUGUCUCGCAGGAGUUGCGAGUCUUAUGGAGCGCGCCGUACCUGUCCAGUCUGUGGUGCGUCUUCGAGCUGGCGGCGUACAGGAAAGCAAACCCAAAGGGCCGGAUCCAGCUGAUGCCGCUCUUCGUGGAACAGGCCGUCGUCGUGAUGUGGCUUUGUUUUUGGUUUGUGUGCGCCAUCAUGUGGGUGGGUACUGCAACCGAUGCGUUUGCAGACGGGCGGCAGGGGGUUGCAGCCCUGGCAGUCGGCCCGCUUCUUCCUUUCCUCAAGGCUCUUCGGCGCAAUUUCAAUGGAGCCCGCAAGCUCAUAACAGACUUAGACCAGUUUGACCUGGCAAAUGCCCGCUGCGCCCACGCCUUUGACAGAGAGUUUGUGUGCAGCGCCAUCCGGAUGUGGUACGGCAGCGACGACGCAUUUACAGAGCACGUGCGCGGGGUUUUGCGAUCAGAGCUGCUAGUCAAUGAGGCAUCGAUGAAUGUUUCGUCUUUGCCCUACCUCCUCCUUGUGGCUACACCGGUCUUUUCGCUUGGUCUGGAGAAUUGUUUGGCUCUGCUGGUGGCCGGCGCGCCGUGGAGACCGAUCCUCUCGGAGCUCUUGGUCUUCUCCCUCGGCCUCGGCAUGUGGUUUCUGGUCAGCUUGAAGUUACUGUGGUACCUGUGCAAGGCUUAUGCAGCACCGCAUCCAUGCACGCUCUUCGACGUUUGCAAGACGCUGGGAAUCGCCAUUGCGUUUGCGCUGUUCCUAGGGGUGGGAGCUGGUGCCGGCUUCUACAUCUUGCGUCGGGCGGAGUCACUGGUUAGCCCAGCGAUCUUCGCAGUCUGCACCUUGGUCGCGGUGCUGGCCACUUUUUCCGAGAAAUGCCUUCGCGAAGCGCCCUGUAAGAAGCGACCGGAGUCCUGA